AUGAGUGAAGCAGCUUCUCCAAAGAAAAUCGCACCCAAGAAGAAACCUGCUGCAAAGAAGACAGCUGAUCACCCUAAAUAUGUGGACAUGAUCAAGGCUGCUAUCGCUACCCUAAAGGAACGCGGUGGUUCAUCUCGCCAAGCUAUUACAAAAUAUAUUCAUGCAAAUUACAAAGUUGCUGAAAACUCAGAUCAUCAUCUGAAAAUGGCUCUUAAACGAGGAGUAACAUCAGGCGAUUUGAUUCAAACUAAAGGCACUGGUGCUUCUGGAUCAUUCAAGCUAGGUCAGGUAAAAAAAGAAAAACCUAAGAAAAAGGCCGCAGCAAAAAAGCCAACGGCAAAGAAGCCUACUGCAAAGAAAAGUACACCAAAAAAGAAGCCAGCAAAGAAGAGCACGCCAAAGAAAGCAGCAAAGAAGCCUGCCACAAAGAAAGCCUCGGCUAAGAAACCAGCAGCUAAGAAACCCACAAAGAAGCCUGUUGCUAAAAAACCUGCAGCAAAGAAGGUCAAAAAGACUCCCAAAAAGGCAGCAAAGAAGACCGCAAAAAAAUAAUUUGUGUGUAUCUGGCUAUUACAUUAACAAACGGCUAUUUUUAUAGCCACACAUUUACAAAAAAACAUUAUCUUGGUACAAAGUUAAACUUGUUUAAGUCACUUAAACAGUUAAAAAAGAGUAAAUUUAAGAUUAGAUUCCCUAAGUUUAAG